AAGUCAACACUAACUGUCCGAUUGCUUCAAUGUUUGUUACUCCUACUUUCUGUCUGCGUCAUAUGAAACCUGGUGAGAAGUUGUUCAGGCAGUAAACUAACUAACCAGCCAAUCUCCACCUCCUGGAGCUACACAAGACCGAGGAGCCCAACGUUACCUCUGAAAUCGGCCUCGGAAAGCACAAGAGGCCGGUAGAGGACUGUUUGGAAAAAUAGCGUUUGGCGGCAUGGAGUUCCCUCAACAGCAGAAGCCGGCGGCGGACGGCAAGAUCAUCUACCCGCUCGGUGUUAAGGAGAUAACUGACAAAAUCAGUAACGAUGAAGUGGUUAAACGGUUAAAGUUGGUGGUAAAGACAUAUAUGGACAUGGACCAGGACUCUGAGGAGGAGAAACAGCAGUAUCUGGCUCUUGCUCUUCACCUGGCAUCGGAGUUCUUCCUGAGGAACCCAAAUAAGGACGUCCGGCUGCUAGUGGCCUGCUGCCUCGCAGACAUCUUCAGAAUUUAUGCCCCAGAGGCCCCUUACACCUCACAUGAUAAACUCAAGGAAAUUUUUCUGUUCAUCACACGUCAGUUGAAGGGUUUAGAGGACACAAAGAGCCCGCAGUUCAACAGAUAUUUCUACCUACUUGAGAAUCUGGCAUGGGUGAAGUCAUAUAACAUAUGCUUUGAACUGGAGGACUGUAAUGAGAUCUUCAUUCAGCUCUUUAAAACACUCUUCUCUGUUAUUAAUAACAGCCAUAACCAGAAGGUGCAAAUGCACAUGCUGGACCUGAUGAGCUCCAUCAUAAUCGAGGGUGAUGGAGUCACUCAAGAGCUGCUGGACACCAUCCUCAUCAAUCUCAUCCCUGCACACAAGAACCUCAAUAAGCAAGCGUAUGACUUGGCAAAGACGUUGCUGAAAAGGACUGUGCAGACCAUUGAAACUUGUAUUGCCUCAUUCUUUAACCAGGUGCUGGUGAUGGGUAAGUCCUCCGUGAGUGAUCUGUCCGAGCAUGUGUUUGACCUCAUACAGGAGCUCUUUGCCAUUGACCCUCUUUUGCUCGUCUCGGUCAUGCCACAGCUUGAGUUUAAACUGAAGAGCAAUGAUGGAGAGGAGCGAUUGGCUGUUGUAAAACUGUUGGCUAAACUCUUUGGAGCUAAAGACUCUGAACUGGCCACACAAAAUCGUCCACUCUGGCAGUGCUUUCUGGGAAGAUUCAAUGAUAUUCAUGUACCUGUGAGAUUGGAGUGUGUCAAGUUUGCAAGUCACUGUCUCAUGAACCAUCCAGACCUGGCCAAGGACCUUACAGAGUACUUGAAGGUGAGGUCACAUGACCCUGAAGAAGCGAUCCGACACGAUGUCAUUGUAACCAUCAUCAACGCUGGGAAGAAGGACCUGAACCUAGUUAAUGACCAGUUGCUGGGCUUUGUCAGAGAGAGGAUGUUGGACAAGAGGUGGCGUGUCCGUAAGGAAGCGAUGAUGGGCUUGGCUCAGCUGUAUAAAAAGUACUGCCUGCACCAUGAGGCUGGGAAAGAGUCAGCCCAGAAGAUCAGCUGGAUAAAAGACAAGCUAUUGCAUAUAUACUACCAGAACAGCAUUGAUGACAAGUUGCUGGUUGAGAAAAUCUUUGCACAGUUUAUGGUUCCUCACAGUUUGGAGACUGAGGAGAAGAUGAAAUGUUUGUAUUACCUUUAUGCCUGCCUGGACACCAAUGCUGUCAAAGCACUAAAUGAGAUGUGGAAGUGUCAGAACAUGCUGAGAGGCCUCGUGAGAGAAUUGCUUGACCUGCAUAAGCAACCCACGUCUGAAGCAAACACAACAGCCAUGUUUGGAAAGCUCAUGACCAUCGCCAAGAAUCUGCCAGACCCAGGGAAAGCUCAGGACUUCAUGAAGAAGUUUAAUCAGGUUCUGGGUGAAGAUGAGAAGCUGCGUUUGCAGCUGGACCAGCUCAUCAGCCCAACUUGCUCUUGUAAACAGGCAGAGCAAUGUGUGAGAGAGAUAACACGCAAACUGACGUAUCCCAAGCAGCCCACAAACCCCUUCCUGGAGAUGGUUAAGUUCCUGCUGGAGAGAAUUGCACCAGUGCACAUUGACUCUGAGGCCAUCAGUGCUCUGGUGAAGCUUCUGAAUAAGUCAGUUGAAGGCACUGCAGAUGAUGAAGAUGAGGGAGUAACUCCCGAUGCUGCCAUCCGUGCUGGACUGGAACUACUUAAAGUUUUGUCGUUCACUCACCCCACAGCAUUCCAUUCAGCUGAGACGUAUGAGUCUCUGCUGCAGUGUCUGAAAAUGGAGGAUGACAAAGUAGCAGAAGCUGCCAUUCAGAUUUUCAGAAACACAGGCCAGAAGAUCGAGAGUGAACUGCCACAAAUCCGAUCAACUCUAAUUCCCAUACUGCAUCAGAAAGCUAAGAGAGGCACCCCUCACCAGGCCAAACAGGCAGUAAACUGCAUCCAUGCCAUCUUCCACAACAAAGAAGUCCAGCUAGCGCAAAUAUUUGAGCCACUGUCUCGUAGUCUGAAUGCUGAUGUCCCAGAGCAGUUGAUCACUCCUCUGGUCUCGCUGGGUCAUAUCUCCAUGCUGGCUCCAGAUCAGUUUGCCUCACCCAUGAAGUCCAUUGUGGCCAACUUUAUAGUAAAAGACCUGCUGAUGAAUGACAGAUCUGUGGGCAGUAAGAACGGUAGACUGUGGACAGCUGAUGAUGAGGUUUCCCCUGAAGUGCUGGCAAAGGUUCAGGCCAUUAAACUGCUGGUGCGGUGGUUGCUGGGGAUGAAGAACAAUCAAUCUAAGUCAGCAAACUCCACUCUUAGGCUGCUCUCCGCCAUGCUGGUUAGUGAGGGAGACCUGACUGAACAAAAGAAGAUCUGUAAAUCAGAUAUGUCUCGGCUAAGAUUGGCAGCAGGUAGCGCCAUCUUGAAACUGGCACAGGAACCCUGUUACCAUGACAUCAUCACACCAGAACAGUUUCAACUCUGUGGACUUGUCAUUAAUGACGAGUGCUACCAGGUGCGCCAGAUCUUUGCCCAGAAGCUGCAUGUGGCAUUAGUAAAGCUGCUGUUACCAUUGGAGUACAUGGCAGUGUUUGCUCUGUGUGCUAAAGACCCGGUCAAGGAAAGACGUGCCCAUGCCAGACAGUGCCUGCUGAAAAACAUUAGUGUCCGUAGGGAAUACAUCAAACAGAACCCAAUGGCUCAUGAGAAGCUCCUGUCCCUUCUGCCAGAGUAUGUGGUACCGUACAUGAUUCACCUGUUGGCGCAUGACCCAGACUUCACCAAACCACAGGACUUUGAACAGCUGAGAGACAUCAAAGAGUGUUUGUGGUUCAUGUUGGAAGUGCUGAUGACAAAAAAUGAAAAUAACAGUCAUUCAUUCUUAAGAAAAAUGGUAGAGAACAUCAAACAGACAAAAGAUGCUCAAGCACCUGAUGACCCCAAGGCCAAUGAGAAGCUGUACGUUGUUUGUGAUGUGGCACUGUUCGUCAUCACAAAUAAGAGUACUUCCUGUCAUCUGGACUCACCCAAAGAUCCUGUGCUGCCAACCAAGUUCUUCACUCCCCCUGAUAAGGACUUCAAUAAUGAUAAGGACUAUCUCUCUUCUGAGGCUAGAAAUGUUCUGCUCACUGGAAAAAUACAGCAACAGCCAAAGCAGACAGGAGUGUUGGGAGCAGUGAACAAGCCUUUAACAGUCACAACAGUUCGCAGACCAUAUACGAAAACAGCAGUCUCUGACACAGGAAGCAAUGCCAGCACCAACUCCCAGCCCAUCUCUCCCGCAACGACUAAGAACAGGGAAGUGAGUUCUGAGGCAUCAGAAGCAGGGGCAAGGGAGAAUGAAGAGAAUCCGCAGAUUGUCAAAGCAGAAGGAGGAAAGAAGGACGAGGCAGCAGCACCAGCUCAGGGCAGUGGAAGAAAGCGGAGUGCUCCUGCAAGUGACGGAACAGAGAACACCGUGACUUCUAAUCCUGCAGGAUUACAGCCUCCACCCAACAAACCUCGACGUGGGAGACCCCCAAAAAAUCCUGCAGCUGCACCCAACACAGAGAAGGAGGGCACAGCUACGACAGGGGGAGGAGCUGGGCGUGGCAGAAAGAGGGCAACACCCUCCCAAGACACCACCUCUACAGCCUCGGCUGAACCAAUCAGUGGCAAGAUACCAAAACAACAAAAAGAAGUAGACUCCAAGAGGGCAGGGCAACAGAGGGUGGACCUUCAAAGGUAAAACGGCGGUCUGUAAAAGUGAGGCAGUAGUACUGCACAACAGAUGGCCCCACACCCAUCAUACACUCAAGCUUUUUUGCUCCUCAUGCGAACUUCACACACGCUCUGUGCGUGCGUUCAGACAUCUGAACUUGUUUCAUGACCCUCCACUUCAGAUAAAUGAUGAUUAACUCCUUUAGCUUCUGUUGAGUCAUUGUAUGUAGACAAAAAAAAAAACUUUCUUCUUUUGAUGUUUAAUUUCUGUUCUUUGCCACUGUCUGGAGCCAUUUUUAAAAUGAAUAUUUGAAAGGAAAAAGACAGUUUUAAUCUACAGUUGCUUAUUAAAUGCCUGGAAAGAUU